AUGGCUCCAAUAUCUCUUGAGUCUAAGGAUAUACCGGGAAUUAGAACAGAAAUGAAGAAGAGACUUCAGAUCUAUGGAAAAAGAGUUGCCGUUGAAGGGGAUAGAGAAGAUAGAAUCAGUGGUUUAGCCGGAAAUGUUAUAGACCAUAUCCUUGAGCUUUUGCCGGUUCAAGAUGCUGCAAGAACUAGUAUUUUGUCGAGGAACUGGAGAUAUAUUUGGUCUACUCUUCCAAAUCUGGUGCUGGAUUACGACUUCUAUCAUAAGUUAAUAGAAGAGUCCGAAUCCAAGUUCAAACUAGCAGUAGAUGAGAUCCUGCUACUGCAUAUGGGGAACAUUGUGAAGUUCAUUCUUGACACUAGAGGAGCACAUUUGUCUUCGUGUGCAGAUAUCGAUAGAUGGGUGCUUUUUGUCACCAGAAAUGGCGUCAAGAAGCUAACCCUUCGCUUUUCAAAUCUCGAUACCUAUAGUUUGCCACCUUCUAUUUUUAAAUGUUCAACAUUGACACACUUGGAACUCACCAACUGUGUCUUCAAACCACCCAGUUCUUUUCUUGGUUUUCCGAAUCUUAUCUCCCUUGUUCUGCAACGUACAACCUUUGUGCCAACCACAUCGUUUUGCGUUAUCAAAGUCCCCCUCCUUGAGGACUUGUCCUUGAACAUGUGUCACGAUGUAGUUCCAAAUGGGCUUCCUUUUACGCUCAACUUUUUGAGGCAUCUGUCGAUAUUUGUAGCCUUUGACCAUCUGGGUCAGACUUCUUAUGCUCUACAGCUAAUUAAGAAUUCCCCCAAUUUGAGUAAACUUGAGAUUUGGCUGAAGAUCAUGAGCAUACAAGCUAAAGAUAAAUCUCAGCUAUUGAUUACACAUCUUGGACAGCUGGAGCAAGAGGAUAAUACAGCACAUGUAAAUACAUUGUAA